AGGAGCACAGAGGCUGAAGGUGUCACUCGCUUGAUGCGGCUGCUGCAACAGGAGACAUUUCUGACAUCCCAUCCCUUUUCGAAUCGAGGAGGACAAUGAAUUUGCACUGCACCGGUACCCUGGUAUCUCUGGCCUCGGCUUUUCCAGUUGUAGUGGCUGACUUCGGACUAACAGACCCCAGGUUGUGCUACAUUCUGGAUGGAGUCCUGCUCAUUUAUGGAAUCAUCAUUACAGCUCUCUACUUCAAAGACAAGUUUUCUAAGCCAAAGGAGGGACCACAGAUGGAACCUAUAUAUUCAGACCUGGACAAGAACAGGGAUCAAUAUGACCAGCUGAGGAGAGGAAAUGACAUUGAGAACGCACCCAGACCGAAUCGGAGGAACGCGGAUGACCUCUACACGCCUCUGCAAAAGCCCACCACCGACUCCUAUGACCAGAUUGCAGUGAAACACAAGGGAGAGCGUCGCAGAAACAAAAACGAACAAGUUUACCAGGGUCUGAGUGCGGCGACCAAAGACACUUACGACUCCCUGAACAUGCAGCCCCUCCCGAUCCCUCCUCGCUAAUAAGGAGGAGCUGCGGCGUGUUUCCUGACUUUCUUUUGGAUGUUCAGAUAUUCAGACGCUUCAAGCCUUUCUGCGACAUUCUCCAGGCCCCUGUAAAAUAACACAGACAUGUACAGUAGUAAUGCUUAGAUUCAUGUUACAUACAUACCUUGUAUGUAACAAGCACCCCAAUACAUAUAAUACCUAAAUUGUAGAUAGAAACUUGAAAUCCUAUUAUUUUUCAGACUUGCUAGUUCAGUUUCCCCCCUCCCCCAGAGACAGAGAUAUUUUACAGCUGUGGUUUUAAUCUCAAGGCCUUUUCCCCCCGUUCCUAUCCAUGCACGUUUUAUUUCCAAGAAGGCACCCUCAGACGAGAUACCUUAAAACCGCUUAUACAUAAAGCUGUGUCCGUAAAUACAAAUGACAAGAAAAUACUUCAGAUCGAGAACCUAGCAACCAGGGAACUACAGUUCUUGGGAUUUUGUUUUUAAGGCUGUUGGAUUUCAAAUCUUGUGAAAUUGGUUAAUAUUAUAAACAAAUUCUAUAUGGCCCGACACAACAGAUAUUAAUCUGUAAAGGUGAAAAUUAACUGAAUAAGAACACAUCGAUGGCUUUUAAUAUAAUCUACCAAAUCACACGUAUUUAACUUUUGUUUUAAAUAAAUGUGAGAAAAAAAGUAUUGAAAAAGAAAGCACGCAUUUCCCGUCUUCAUGAAGCAGGGGUGAUUAUUUUCACUCCUCCCUGGUGUUACGUGCCCAGACUGUGCUGGCACUCUGAACUCAUUUCACAUUUAAAAGAAAUAUAACCGGAUGGAAAAAAAUACAUUUGAAAACAUUUUUUUGUUAUGUUGGCAUGCAAAACAUUUAGUAUCAUUAGGCUUACAGUAUUUUGCAAGAGGACUAUUAGACUGUUAUUGGGAAUAGUUAUGGCCCAUAUUAUUAACUAGCUAGUUUGAAACUUUAAAGGGCUUUGAUACCGCAUGAAGGAAAAGGGUUAGUUUUGUUUCCUAUACUUCUAAGGGUUUUUGAUGCAACAGGGAAAUUAUAAUAUUUGUUUGCAUCCCGUUUGGCGCCAUCGUGAGGUGAACAGGAGCGAAUCAGAAUAAUACUCUGGUUUGUUCACUGUCAAAACGAGAGGAAGAAAAAAUAGGUACUGCCCGUUCUGAGAUCGGUUGUUGAGUACUGUGGCAGAGUGAAAUGUUUCAGUGUACAUAUCCAAGAUCCCCAAAUUCUUAAAAAAUGUAAAUAUUUUUCUUUAAAAGAUUUGGGAGAUUUUCCGCUUACCUUCUCCCCUACUUUCCUUUCUUACAAAAAUGCAAAAACUCACGAGUGGUGAGCAAAACCAUUGCUUCAUUCUUAUUUGCAUAUAUAUGCAGGCCACUGUAAUGUCUGGAAGCAAGAACAACAUAAAAUACCAUACCCACAUAUAUUUAUAUCUGUUUUAAUCUACUCUAACAGCUAAUGUGUGUGCUGUUGGAGGCAUUGAAUGACUUUUUACGACUUUCCUCCCCUGCAAAAAAUGACAAGAAAGGGUCUGAAUACAUCUACAUAUCUAAAAAUCAGAAGAAAUCACUGCACUGAGACUGAGUGGGAAGAUGUCCUCACCACUGCCAAAAACGUUUGAGUUGUCAGCUUUUAAACUCCCCUUUCGGGAAUCGGACAUAUUUCGGACUGCUGACAAGGUCCUGGUGUCACAUCGCCACACUGCAUAACCUGAAAAAAAAAUCAAUUUUGUCCUCGGAGAGGGAGAUGCAGUAGUGUCAUUCAUCACAGCUUGAUCUGUCAUUCGGAGACAUACUGUACUUUGUACAAGGAUUUUUAAAGUUACAAUAUCCAGAUCGAAAAUAACUAAACUUAGAAUACCUGGGACUUAAAUUAUUUUGCACAUUCUGAUUUUUGCUAGACAAAAUCUGAAGCAAAUGCUUAAAAGUGCUAUGUGCUAUGCUUUAUGUGGGGUACUGCUCCUUUAGGUUUCCUGUUAAAGCAAAGCAAGCAGAACGCAUUCAUUCAAGGUAGGAUUUGUCAGCUUGAAGUUUCUGCUACUCUGUGGUCAAAGGCUGAAAGCUCAUAUUUGAGCACAGGCACCAGCACAAAGAAAAUUACUGGAGAUGAAAAUUAAGCAUACAACCAGAUCUGAAGACCAAAAAAAAUCUAAAAGAUUCCUUUCAAUUUUCUUUAGAGGUUUUAAACUUGUAUUCCAGUGCAUUGAGAACAUCCUUUGCUUUCGAUGUAACUUUUGCUCUUGUAAUACUGUGGGAUAAUGCAGUACAAUCUUGGUGCUUUGGUCUCAAACAGGUCAGGAGACAUUUUUAGGAGACUCCCGAAAUGUUUAAAGCCAUCGGUUAUACGUGAAGAGGGAAAUCUAUUAUAAGGUGGUUAAAGAACAAAUAACCACAUUUCAGGUAGUAAUGAGAAAAUGGGACCACUGCAAUGCUUCUACUUUUGUAUUUGUAAUUUAUCAUUAGACUUCCUAUGUAAAUACUUCAUGUGAUUUACUGGUAGCUAAAAUAAAAGUCUUGAUUCAGA